AUGGCAAACUCCCAGAUUCCAUUCCGAACCACAACAGCCUUCGUCGAUUUUGAGGUAGCCGCACACAACGCAAUCCGCAAUGUCGUCCCUGGUACAAAACAAUGUAUUAACAUAAAAGGCUGUUUUUUUCAUUACACUCAAUGUAUUUGGCGAAAGGCCCAGUCAACUGGACUCCAGAUACUGUACCGUGAGAACGACGACGUCAAACUACUUGUCCGCCGAGCUGCUGUUCUUCCACUCAUCCCGUUAGACCGCAUAGAGGACGUCUGGUUCCAAACCCUUGAAGAUGCUGAUGAUGCUGACAUACCACAUCCCGUGCUGCUUUUCACAGACUACGUCACAGAUCAAUGGGUAGAAGGAGACCGACCAACCUGGUACCACUUCUCUACAGAAGGACCUCGAACUACCAACCAUCUGGAAGCUUGGCACGGAACCUGA